UCUAAAUUAAUUAGCAUGGAACUAUUAACAGAAAAAUCUGAAUUAAGUAAAGUCACAUCCAUAUAUAAUACCCUUAGAUAUAAUCAUGAUUUAGCCUAUGAUAUAAUUGAUAAAGCUUUAAAAUUAGAUGAAAAUAAAGACUUUCACAAAGCUCUAAUGCUGUAUAGAGAAGGCUUGGUUGUUUUUGGACACACUUUUGCAUUAGAUUUAGCAAUAAUUAAAAAUGCAAAUGAAUAUAUUUUAGCCAAAGAGAUGAUGGAUAAAAUGAAGAUUACACGUAAAGAAACCCUAGAAAGAAUGCAUUAUAUUGAUCAAAUGGUAUCACCAUAUUCAUCUCUCCCACCUGAAUAUGAAGCAAUCAUGAUUAAUUCUGAUAAAAAAAAUGACCAAUCCGAUCAAGCCAGUUCUAGUGAGGAUUACUAUGACCACGAAGGCAAAAAGAUUCCUAAAAUUGUCCAUAAAUCCAAGACAAUUGGUUUGCCCAAUGCCCAAUUACUACUGAACAUUGAAGACGGAGCCCAGCUCUUCUUCAUAGACUCAGAAAAUAACGUUAGCUCCCCCGGUGAAACUUGUGGAUUACAGAUUUUUAAGAUCGACGAGAAAAACAACAACGUGGUCAAUGACAUUUCUCAGGUGCCGGAAGUAAACCUGCACGAUACCCCAGUGGAGGGAGAUGACAUAACAGCUAAAACUAAAAUUGAACCAGCCGUUAGAAGGACAGGUACGGUUCCGCCCACUGUCCUUCAUAUAGGAUCUUGGAUUUAUCCCCUCUUCCCUGGCCAAUCACCCGUACUCAAGGAUUUAAUAGGAGCUUACAUGUUCCCAGAUCUAACGGAUACCUCUGGAAAAUCCUUUGUCGGCUUGGUUCUUUCUUCCACCAUAGACCAGAGCUUACGGCAAGAGUUUGAGACCACCCUGAGUCAACUGGCCCUUUUUAAAAAAAUGGACCCGGAGGAGUACUUGAGGGAAAGAUCACCAACAGGCCGCGAUGAUUCCAAUCUCGGGGAUUUGGUUGUGCCUAAAAAGGAAACCCAGUACGGACCGAUAAUCAGAUCUGAAAAGCCUAUUGUUGAAAUCGGUCGGGGUAGAGUCGGUCCUAGUGAUUACGGCGGAAAAGCGAGCGAGAUCAGCGAUAGAUAUGGAAAACCGGUAGAUAUUGGGAUCGGGGCUCAAACCACCCAGACAGGGGACUUGGGUGACAAGAUUUGCAAGAACAUAGUUUACGGCACUGAAUGGGUCGCUUUAAACGUGCAAUACAUCACUGGUAAAGCCGACGAAUUUAUCCGCACAAAUUCUAAAAAAAUCCAAGACAAGCUGGAACCCACGGCCGAGCCAAUGGAGAUAGGCUCAGUCUAUAGGAGCACUGCCUACAUUGCUCGCAAGACCACGAAAUUGGCCCUGAGAGUCACUCAGUAUUCUGUUAAGAAGUUUGGUAACAUAACGGUCAGCAUGGCGAAAUUUUUGGCCCCGUACAUUAGAAAGUCUACUGUUUUGAUACCCCAAUCCUUAGUUCCCCGAGAGAAAGCUGAUCACGCAAUUGAUCAAAUGCUAGACAUCGCUGAACAGUCCAUCAUAGGUAUAAGUACGGUAUUUUUGAGCCUGGAAAUGGCCGGAACAGCCUUAGCUUCUAGUUUAGCAGACGAAACGGUACGCAUUGUGCAAUACAAAUUUGGACAUAAGGCCGGUAGCCUUACCCAAGACGCCCUGGUUGCAGCUACAAACAUGGCCAAAGUUGGAUAUAACCUUAACAGUUUUGGUCCUAAAGCUAUUAUGUUUAAUACGGCUCGGAAAUCCGGUGUCGCUUUUGUCGAAGGAAUACGUGGAUCAGAUCAUCUAGUUCAGGAACGCAUUGAGAAGGAAAGGGCUAUACGAGAUCAUUUUGAAAAGCAAAAGGAGGCCAGAGAUCGUAGAAAUUUGGUCGAUGGGAUCAAAUAUAAUAAUUGAUCAUUUGAGAUGGGACAUGAUAGGAAUAGGCAAUAUAUGAUGCUUAAUUUCUAGGACGUUUCUGGCUAAAGUAUCACGUCAUUAAAGGAAUAAAAAAUCGAGGGGAAAAUAUAUGUAAUUUUAAAUUGUUUUGUUUGUUAUUUAUAUAAUGACCACCUUAUUAUUUUAUUUAUAAAUGGGAUUUAUUAAAAACUUAAUCUCAUGAUGCAAUUUUUUUAAUUUCUAUACACUAUUUUACUAUAAUAUAUUAGUUUAUAUAUAAUAAUUUGUAUAUAACAUAAAAAUAAUAUAAAGAGUAUAAUCGUUAACAAUCAAUACAUUUAAUUUAAUUUCAAUAACUAGUAUUAUUAUGUAACGUUGAUUUUUUAAUUUUUUUUAAGCUCAACCGAAUUUGGCAUACUCAUAUUUAAAUACUAAUCAUUAUAAUUUUAACAAAAUUUUUAUGUUAUACUUAUAUUAUUAUUGUUUUAUCACGCAAAUAUUAUUGAACCUUAUAUAAUUAGUUAAAAAUAUUUAUUUAAAUUAUUUUAUUCUUACAAUACUACGCAUUAUAAUCUGUAUCAAU